ACAUUCUUAUGUUAAGAGAAACAUAGGCUGUAUGUGUGAUUCCCCAUUUAAAGUUUUGGAACUUUGUAUCAUUAUAUAAUAAGAGAUGAUAUUUAACAUUAGCCUACAUUAUACCCUGGUUUACUAUUUGGCUUGCAGUUGUCUGCUUUUUAAUAGCUAGUUAGAAGAUAUUGCUCACCGAGCAUUUUGACGUUAGUUGCACAUUUAAAAAGUUUAGAUGUGUUGCGCGUUAGCCUACACUGCGUGCUCAGUUUGAAUAAUACAUAGACCUAGGUGUUUAAAUUGCAGUUUCUGUAGACUAAACUAACAGUGCGCGCAGGUACCCAAGGGUACCCAAAAACGUUGUCAUUAUGGGCGACAAUCCUGACUUUGAUAACAAAGCAAUUAAAGAGGAGAAAAAUGGUCUGGAUCUGAGGAAAACGAACCCUUCCAAAUCCGUGGACAUGGAGGAACAAAUUGAAUGUACGAGCAUCUCGAAUGAGAACCAGGACAAUAGGCCUUCAACUACCACGCGUUUAUACAAAAGGAGAUGGGUGAUGGUGUUCCUUUUCAGCUGUUACUCCCUGUGCAACGCAUUUCAAUGGAUCCAAUACGGAAUAAUCAACAAUAUUUUUAUGAAAUUCUACAAUGUGGACUCUUUUACCAUUGACUGGAUGUCAAUGGUCUAUAUGUUGACCUAUAUUCCUUUUAUAUGGCCUGUCUCCUGGCUUUUGGACAAAAAGGGACUGCGGCUCAUAGCACUGAUGGCCACCGCAAUUAAUUGCCUUGGGACAUGGAUCAAGGUGGCCAGCGUCAGGUCAAACUUAUUUUGGGUGACGAUGCUCGGACAGUUUGCAAGUUCCCUAUCCCAGGUCUUCAUCCUUGGGAUGCCCUCCCGCCUGGCAUCGGUUUGGUUUGGUUCCGAAGAGGUGUCCACCGCCUGUUCCAUCGGCGUUUUUGGGAAUCAGUUGGGCAUUGCCAUUGGCUUCCUGGUGCCACCCAUCCUCGUGCCAAAUGUUGACAAUAUAGAUGAGCUGGCAUACCACAUCAGCAUCAUGUUCUACAUCACUGCUGGAGUGGCCACCGUGAUCUUCAUCCUCGUGGUCUUCAUGUUCCAAGAGAAGCCGGAAAUCCCUCCCACCCUGGCUCAGGUCCAGGCCAGGAGCAUCCCUCCAGAAGAGUACUCCUACGUGGCCUCUAUCCUGAGACUGCUGCGUAACCUACCCUUCAUGCUCCUCGUCAUCAGCUAUGGGCUGAAUGUCGGUUGUUUCUAUGCUGUUUCCACACUGCUGAACCGGAUGAUUAUUGAGCAUUAUCCAGGUGAAGAGGUGAAUGCUGGAAGAAUUGGCCUCACCAUUGUCAUUGCGGGGAUGGUGGGGUCCCUCAUAUGUGGGAUCUGGUUGGACAAGACCAAAACCUACAAACAGACUACCCUGGCUGUAUAUCUUCUGUCCCUCGUGGGAAUGGUGGUCUAUGCCUUCACCCUCAACUUAGGCCACCUAUGGGUGGUGUUUGUAACAUCGGGGGCUCUUGGGUUCUUCAUGACUGGGUACCUGCCGCUUGGCUUUGAGUUUGCUGUGGAGCUGACCUUCCCAGAGUGUGAGGGCACCUCCUCAGGCCUGCUCAACUGUUCAGCUCAGAUAUUUGGGAUCAUAUUCACCAUCGGUCAAGGGAAGAUCAUAGAGCACUUUGGAACGUUCGCUGGGAACAUCUUUCUCUGUGUCUUCCUCCUCAUAGGCACUAUUAUGACAGCAUUCAUCAAGUCUGACCUCCGACGGCAAAAGGCCAACCAUCUGGCUGAGACACAGGCGGCAAGUGCUGCAGACUCCCCGUCUCGGAUACAGGACUACGGGGCCACAACACCCAGCAGAUCACAGGAGCAGCAAUCCUGACAUUAACUUCAGUAAAACCCAAACACACACCUGCCAAGAAACAGGACGGCGUCUCACCGCCAGCUACACUGAAGGAGGUCAAGGUAUAAGGAGGAAUUCCAGUUGGACAGGUGUGAAAAGACAGCCCAGCACACACUGACAUGUUUGAAAACGACCAAAGGAUGUACACACAAACAGAUACAGUACGUACAGUAAAAAGCAUGCUGCUUUCCCUCUACAAAUGUGGAGGUGAGCACAUGCACAAGUGAUGAAUUUGGAUGAACAUGUAAUUACUACUUAAUUGAAACUAUGACAUGGAGGACGCCUCGGAGGAAGUCAGAGCCCAGGAAUGUACUGUAGGCUGGGGCAUGGACAUCCUGCUCUGGCUUUAGUUCCAGUGACUGCUAUUUCUACUGCCUAGCACAACUGGCUCCCCAGAUCUACUCAAGCCAUGCAGAGGAACUCACGUGGAACCUCACAUGUUCUCCCUCGACAGAUAACGAGUUUGAUUGUCAGGCACAACCGGAGGUAUUUCAAGUUGAAUGACCUGUUAAUUCAUAUUUAAUUGUCACUUUUUGAGAGUACGCUACGAAUGGUUCAUCUUUUCAUUUUCUUUACCUUUGUCUCCAAUCUAAAUCAUGUAAAUGUUGAUGUCUGUGCAUCCUGAUAUGAGCAGUAUUGUGCUUUUUGUUUCCUGACAUUUGACCAAUACUAUACCGUAACCAAACUUAACAUUGCUAAAUGUAUUAAUGUAACUGUUGUAUUUUUGGAAUGCUACACACUCAGUGGUUUCAGUUUAAUGGCAGUCUGUUCAGAGGUUCAGUCAAGCCAACUCACCUAGGGGUUUAACAUGAUUUUGAGAUUGCUAUCUGCCAAAAAGGAUUACAGAGAUACUUGUGAGUACUACUGAUAAUGGUGAAUAGGGCUGAUACUGUGCCUGAGUAUGUCUCAGAAGGAAUCAACCUGCUUUAACCACAUUCUUAGAAUAACUAUUGUAUUUAAUGCUCUGCAUUGACUUGUUUUAGAGCCUAAAACGCAAUGAUAACAAUGUGAGCACAAAAUCCUUAGCGUGACGAGACAGACAAUCCAAUGGAUUUGUCAUUUUGCACAAGGUAGGCUAGUGUUGUAUGUUGUAUGUAUGAUUCUUUUGGUCUGUAUAUUUGUUACUGAGAGUUUUCAAAAGUUUUCUGUAGCUUGGAAUCAGUUCUGCUUCUUAUGCCAUGCAGCCACCUCCUCCUGAGGCUCUGGAACACACUGGAACCCAAUCAGCAUUCCCAUUAUAGAGAAACCUGGAGAGGUGAGAGGAUGGAAUGGGGUUUCCUCUGCAUAACAGACACCAGCAGCACAAGCUCUGAGUAAAUUAUAUCAGAUGAAAAAUGUUGUUGAACGAUGCACAUUCUGUACCUGGUAGUUAGAUGAUUUACUAACACUGUGUUGUUACUGGUUAUAACAAAACAAGCUCACUAUUUGAUCAGAUGGGAUUAUAGAGCUGCAGUACUUACUCACCACAAUGAGAGGUGCCAUAAUGCCAAUGGUCAGAGGUGCCGUUUUGUGGAUGAAGGAUGGAUAGACUACAGUACCCCAUUCAUAGACACUAACUGCUUUUGUGCCUAUUGAUGAUAGCAUCUUCGGGUCGGGGGAGUUGUAUGUGUUAUGGGAGGGUCUGACUCUCUGAACAUUGAAAAUGCAUCGGUUUUGGAAACAUAAGGAACCUAUCCUUCACAUCCGCUAGAAAUUAUUUUCAAAACAAACACACAUUAAUAGAGUUAGUGUUCCCACACAAAACGGCACCUUCUAGGUGUCACUGAACUGGAUUCAUUACCACCAACCCCGAACUGUCUUGUCUCAUUAUGCGCACCUGGUUCCAUUCCCCCUGAUUUGGAUAUAUAUAUAUAUAUAUCUAUUCCAAUCUAUACUGUAUAUCUCUCACUCUCACACACACACACACACACACACACACACACACACACACACACACACACACACACGUGUGCCCUCUGUUCCCUGUUGUCCUUGUCGGUUAUUGUUAUCAUGUCCGUUGGUCUUGUGAGUACCUGUGCUGUUGUAUCGGCUUCUAUGCUACGUGUUAUUAUGCACAUGUUUUACGGGUCCUGUCCCAUGUAUUGUUUAGGGGUUUACACCUCACUCUUUUGUUUGGGUGGAGAAAUAAAAAAAACUAUUACGUA